AUGUUGAUUGUAUUUCUAAUUCUACUGUUUGGAUUUAUAACUUUGUUGGUUUACUAUUAUUUUCUCGUUCAACAACGUCACCAGUAUUUUAAGCAGCGAGGUGUUUCUACUCCACCCUUCAACUUCUUCUUUGGUCAUUUCAAAACAUUAUGGAAUGCUCCAUUGUAUCAUCGUCAACUUGAAAUUUGGACAAAACAAUAUGGCAAAAUCUAUGGAAUCUAUGAAGGAACUCAUCCUGUUUUAGUUGUUAGUGAUCCUAGUUUUCUUCAAGAAGUCUUUAUUAAACAGUUUUCUGUUUUUCAUACUCGAAUGAUUACUAUGUUAGAUGAUAUAAGCCAUAAUCUUGCUUUCUCAACUGGUUCAAAGUGGCGUCGUCAGCGUCAUGUAAUUAAUCCGUCAUUCACUGCAAUGAAGCUCAGGGCAAUGGGUCCUCUUAUCAAUGAAUCUAUCAGCGAUUUCAUGGAUAAACUACUCGAACAUUCAAACAUUGGUGGUGAAUUCAAUAUUUAUCUGUAUUACAAACGGCUAACUAUGGAUAUUAUAUUUCGAUGUGCAUUUGGAAUUGAUAUUGAUUUACAAAACAAUCCAAACCAUAUUUAUUUUAAAAAAGUAGAAGAAUUGGUUGGUAUUCGUACUGUUCUGAAAAGUUCUAUAUUCAAAAUGACUCAACUAAUACCUGAAAUUAGAGAUAUCCUUGGUCGAUUAUAUAUCGUUCACAAUACUGCACGAAAGUAUAUUAAUACAAGAGUUUUACCAUUAAUAUCAUCAACAAAACAGUUGGAUGAAUCAGCAUUUGCGUGGCUACUGAAUCGACUACAUACAAUUGUCGAACAACGACAAGAAACACCUAUACCAAGAAAGGAUCUUCUUCAACUUAUGUUACAAGCAAUGACCAAAGAACCAAAUCAGGUGAGCAACAUUCAGAGUAUUGCAUAA